CGCCAUACGCUGCGCCAUCCCAACGCAAUUGAAUCUCAUAGAGCAGAUCGGGGUGAUGCACCUGCUUUAUGGACAACUUAAAGUGGUGCUCGUAUUGGCUCUGCUGCAAGAACUUGAUGUGAGGACACAGAAGGAUAUAUUUAGAAAGCAUUUCAAUAUGGAUUUGCUAGAAUGUCCUCAAUGUUUUCUUGGACAGCGUGAGCAAUGCGAAAAGUUCUUUGAUACUAUCGAAGAGCCUGCGAAAUUGGAUAGACUGUGGAAAGAUCUCACUUUGCUAGUGGAUCCUCGGGAGAUUUAUUGGUUAGAACUCAACGAAAAUCGUGAAAAUGUCAAAUGUUUAGCCAAGAGAAAGAUGACCAGAAAGAUUUCUAAAGAUUUGCAUUUCAAUCCUGGCGGAUUUCAAAUGUGUAGGAAUUCUACACGUUUUCUUGCUUACUUGGAGGAGCGUGGAUAUUUACCAGCUACCAUUGGGUAUUACAUUCAUCACUCCAUCUCGCCAUUGCUGAUGCAGGAACUAUGGAUAAUGGACUUUCCAGUGCCCCGGUCCUUUGCUGUCUGUGGUUCGACUCUUUUUCAGGCAUAUGCUGGAUCCACUUUAAGUAAUUACUUGAAAGCUCCAAUAGAUUUACGCUUGGAGAUGGCUAAACAACUUUUGCAAUUAGCUCUAAAAUUAAGUGCGGGAUUCAAAGGGUUCCGCAUCUAUCUAACUGACUUCACUGCGGACAAUUUUGCUUACAAUGAGGCCAAUGGUACAGUCUUACUCAUAGAUAUGGAUACGAUGGUCUUGGUGGAAUCCAAUGAUGAAGCAGAAAGCGAAUCACAGCUUUCUAAAAAGUAUAAACCCUUUCCUGGCGAAGGCUUCACUUACGAUGUAAAUGCAUUUUGCGAUAAUCAGGACUUGGAUGCAAAUAUUUACCAAGUGUGCCUCCUACUCAGAGAUCAGCUCCUGCCGGAUGUGAAAAAUCAUAGAUUGAAGGAAAUGUUAAACGAUUGUGUCCAAUGCGAGGAUGAUAAAUGUGAUAUUCGUUUUAAGUAUGCCAACAAUUUAAUUGAUUUACUUGUUGAGAUAAACAAUAAAAUUGAAAUUCUUUAAUUAA